AUGCUUGUUUCUCUGUGUCCUUUGCAUGCUGGCUUUUCUCUUGGUCGCAGCACAAUGGUGGUCUUGAGGCGCCGCACGCAGCAGCUGCUGCUGCUGGGCACAUUGGGGCUCUACGUGGCUGCUGCUGUUGCUUCUGCUGCUGCCGACGACUCCACCAGAGCGUUGCUGGAGGCGGAGCGGGCCGGCCACACUGCUGCACUUCGGGAGCGGGAAGUAGAUGCUGCAGCAACGCGCAUGGAAGCUGAGGCCGCAGCAGCAGCUGCUGCUGCAGCAAAAGCCUCGAAGCCAAGCGCCGAGGAGAGGAAGCUAUACCCUAUGGAAGCGCCCUACUACUUGCCAGAAGCAGCAGGACGCAUUCUGGGUCUUGAAGAGGCAUCAACGGGGCGUCUUGAAGUGCCAGACUGGACUUACGGGGUCGAGGACCCCCCUGAGGCCAAGCAGCAGCAGGGGGAGCAGGAGCAGCAGCAGCAGCAGCAGCAGCAGCAGCACACCCUGCACGAAGCCGUCAGAAUAGACUUCAACAGACCCUUCCCCCCCUCGGGGCCCUGGGCCCCCGUCUACUUCUCCGGCAGGGGCCAGCAGUACCCUAUGGGGCCCCUGCUGCUGGCCUGCGCGCGCAGGCCCAGCGGGCGGGCCACCUGCUACGUUGUUCCCCAAACCCCCUACGUCCCUCCCCCUGGAACCACCUUGUACAGGGCCUGGGGCAUGUGGGGCGACCGGGCCACAGGCCGGGCCUUUGUGUCCAUCUUGGGGCCCACAGCAAGUGCGGGGGCCCUGGGGGCCCCCCCGUUUUGCUGCGAAACUUCGGGGAAUGCUGCUGGCUGCAUUGCAUGCACGGGGCUGCCCAGCGCGUCUUACGACCCUUUGAAUUCGGGCGAAGGACCUGCAGCGGGGGAGGAGCCGCGGGGCCCCGGCAGCAGCAGCAGCAGCAGCAGCAGGCCCGCAGAGUCCGAGAGAAAAGACAAAGACGCAGACUCUUGGCAGCAGGCCUCGCAGUUCGAGCCAGUCAGCCCUCAGGAGCUCUUCACGCUGCUCCCCAAGGUCAAGCAGCAGCUCGGAGGAGACCCCGACCCCGAGAACCUCCCCUGUGCUGCAACGGAGCCUCCGGCUCCGGGCGUUCCCACUCUUGGUGACGUCUUGCGUUCCCGCACAGAUCUUUCUUUGUUCGAGUCCAUGUUGAGAACUUCCCACGUGCAGCAGCUGGUGCCCUGCCCAAUGACCUUCCUUGCAGUGCCUGAUGACAGAGCCCGAGACUUCCAGGGGGCUCGGCCCCCCCCCUGUCUUGCUGCUGCACUAGCGAGGCCGGAGAACCAGAGAAACGUCCUCAAGCUCGUCGGCCGCAUGGCAGCACUUGGCCGCCUCGAGACCCUUCCCGUUGGCUCCAGUGUUCCCGUCCUUUACGGCAACGACGGCCGUGUGAGCCGCCGCGGCCAAAACACAACUUGGAACAAUGUGGAGCUUCUCAAGGACAAGAUUGUCUUCGACAGAGGAGUGAUUCAUUUGCUGUCCCGCAACGACCUGGCGGACGGGGAAAGCCGGGAGCUGCUGCGCCAAAUUGUUUAUUGGAAUUGCCUUCAUGACCAUUUGCUGCAGCACCCGGCCCUCACGCGGUUCGCGCUGCUCAUGGUGGACAACCGCAGGUCUCUCCCCAUCAUCGGCAUGCCUCCUGGCCCUCGGCCCGACUGGGUGGCUCGGGAAAACCCGGGUUGGUUUGCGCGGCCCGCGAACCGCUCCGCUGCUGCUGCUGCUAGUGAAGAGCAGCGAGAGAAAAGCAGCAAAUCGGAAGCAGCAGCAAAGGAAUCAAAAGAAGAAAGCAGCAAAGGCAAAAGUGCUGAGCGUCCUGAAGCUGAGGGCAGGCCCGAGCCAGAGCAGCAGCAAGCAAAGAGAGGCGCAGCAGCAACAGCUGCAGCAGCAACUGAGACUGAGAGAGGCGGCGCAGCUGAGGCUGCUGCUGAAGAGGCACGGAAAGCAAAGAAACCAUCGCCCGCUGCCCCGGAAACUGCAGCAGCAGCAGCAGCAGCGGCACCUGCUGCACCAGAGGCUGAAGCAGCAGCGCCAGAAACUGAGGAACGCCGGCCCGAACCUGCGAGGAAAAGUGAGAGAAAAGCUGCAGACUCCCCAGCAGCAGAAGCGCAGGAAGAAAGCAGGCCAGAAGAGCAAGCAGCAGCAGCAGCAGCAGCAGCAGCAGCAGCAGCAGCAGAGGAGGAGCAGCAGCCGCAAUAG